AUGUAUUGUAGUCAUAAUUUUGCUAAACCAUCAAGCAUAAGCACCCGUGGUCGACUUGUCCUUGUGCGCUUUCCAGGAUGCACACACCCCGCUUACGGAGGAAGUCAGCAGAUUGGGGUACAAAAGCGAAGGUUUCAUACGGUUGUAGGUAUGGAUAAGCUUGAGUCACUUUUAGAUCGGCUUGAAAAGGUCGUCUUGUGUUUGGAGAGCUCUCAGGAUACCGGAAUGAACCGCUGUCCACAAACAAGCACUCAGUUUUCUUCUAAAGAUUCUCCUUCAGUGUAUCUAGGGAACCCCAAAAGCAACAACUCUUUGAAGGAGUACGAUGACUUAAUUUCUGGCCCACUUGCUGAAUUCCUGACUCUGAGCAAAAAGAUUGGCGGUGACGUGAAGGAACAGAGUGAUCUGGUUCAAAAAUGCUUCGUCUGCCAGCGACAAAUAAUUGAAAAUGCUGCUCAGCAUGGCAAGCCGUCAGAAUCACAUCUUGAGGGAUUAUUGAGACAGUGUGGCGAGCCAGUCGCCGCCGUGGUGCAAUAUAAGGAUAAAAAGCGGAGCAGUCAAUAUUUCAACCACCUUUCUGCGGUCGCUGAAUCCAUACUCGCUUUAGGUUGGGUCAGUGUGACACCCGCACCUGCUCCGUACAUCCAAAACAUGCAAGAAGCCGCUCAAUUCUUCAUAAAUCGCGUUAUCAAAGAUUUCAAAGAAAAAGACCCGCAACACUUGGCAUGGACAAAGGCCCUUACGUCUCUGUGGGACGGAUUGCGCGACUACGUGAGGAAAAAUCAUACAACUGGUCUGAGUUGGAACGUCAACGGCACUUCGUGUCCGUCUACAGGCGGCGGUGUACCCGCUCCUCCACCGGCGUUUUCUGACGCAGACUUGGUCGCACCGGCAGCUCCAUCAGGUGAUCCGACCAGGAAUGCUUUGUUUGCUGAGCUCAACCGCGGGGAGGCUAUUACAGCUGGACUGCGCAAAGUUUCCGAUGGUAUGAAAACCCACAAGAACCCAGAAUUACGUGCUGGUGCAGGCCUUCAACCACGCUCCGGACCACCCCAAAAAGCACCUAAACCUACCACCUCGAACAACGGAACGAAGCAGGCAACGCCAGUAAUGGAAUUACGUGGGAACAAAUGGGUCGUUGAAAACUACCAGAACCAACACCUCAAAAUCACGGAAACCGAACCGAAACAAACGGUUUAUGUGUACAAAUGCGUGGGCUGUACUAUCGAGGUCAAGGGGAAGAUCAACUCAAUUAUGAUGGACAACUGUAAAAAGACCGGGGUGGUUUUCGAUGAUUUGAUUUCUGCCCUGGAUAUUGUUAACUGCCAGAGUGUGCAAGUGCAGUCCAUGGGUCAGUUACAAACGGUGAACGUUGACAAAACGGAUGGAUGUCAAAUCUACUUGAGCAGCCAGUCACUGUAUGCGGAUAUAAUCACUGCAAAGUCUUCCGAAUUGAAUGUACUAGUUCCGAAAGCGAAUGGGGAUUAUGAUGAAUUUCCCGUCCCCGAACAAUUCAAAACGAAGUUUACAGGCAAAGGUUUACAAACCACGCAAAUGGAAUCAAUUUAAAUGCCAAUAGAAGUCGCAACAUCCAGCUGCGCACGCUGUCCUUGCUUCGCCUUUCUAGUAGACAACAACGCCUUUGUUUCACCCUAUUUAUCGAGCGAUAUCUCUCCAUGUCGGACCACAUAUAUACGCUGCCGUUUUGCUUUUGGGCGCAGCGCUACUGUCCCCCCUCCGCUUUAUUUCCGGUAACUGUUUUUCUUCAUAUUUUUUACCGCGCAUUAAAAUUUUGAUUUAAUGCAUGCUCACCUACUGUUUUAUCGAUCUCCAUGAUUAUCACAAACUUUGUGAGUUGUUUAUGGCAUGCGCCCCCCAAUGUGCAGUGUGGUUUAUUGAAGUCUGAUGCAUGCCUACCGGUGAAUCACGUGUUAGCUUGCUCUGGUAACUAGCAUCAGGUUUGCUCACGUGCCUCAAUGUGUGCGCAAUGCGUCGACCUGGGAACGGGACUGUAGCGACGGGAUAUGUAGCACACCUGGAUUUGGCGACUUUCAGGAGUUUCACGGCCUGUUUGAGUACUCUUGCCCCGUUUCCAGCUAAAGCCGUGUAAUUUCAAAUCAGAUGAUCUAGUUUAAUCGUUUUUUUCCAACAUUUGUAACCGUGAAUUGUUUUAAGGCGAUUAUAGAGAUACU